UUGAAUAUAAGUAUGCUUUUGGUAUAUAGAAUGACAAGUGAGAUAAACAAAAUGGAGACAUAUUUAAUCAUAGGGAGAAAGUAGAAAGUAGACACUGACAUGUGUUGAUAAUAUCAGAGUAGCAGUCGUCUGCGUGACUGUGAUCAAGCCAUGGCGGCCUCUAUUUUCCUCUUCGUCUCCGUGUACACGCUCCUUCUCUUCCUCUCAUGGAAUUUCCUCCAAUCCGUCCUCUCCUGGUACCAAUUCCAGUCGUCGUCGUCGCUCGGGGCGGCUUUCGGCGUCCUGUCGAUGGUGGCGGUGCCGGCUACGCUGGUGAUGUGGAUAACCGUGCUGGUGGUGCUAGCCUUCUGCGGUAAGCCGAGGAAGAAAUUGACGGCGGAGAUCAUCGGCUUUGUGGUUAAGGUGCUGAUCAAGGAAGGGAAUCUCGUCGCUGCUGUUUGUGCUGUGCUUGGAUAUUUUGCUCAUAGGGGAAAUGCUUUCAAUCAACAUUGACUAUUUUUUUCAUUUUUCUUUUUGUAACUAUUAUGUAUUGUACUCCAUGUCUCCAUAUAAUAUACACUCUAAUUAACCAUGG